GUCAGACGACGGUCAGGGCUCUCUCACUAUACUACGCUCUUGCAAACAGCUGUGGUUUAAGUCUGUUUACAGACGUUCUAUCCCCACCAAGAAAGAUGUCUCAAGCUUUCCAAAAGCUCAUCGGUGAAAAGGUUCUCACACCUAAGGGAAAAGGACAAGUUGAGGUUGAAAGUCUCAUUGGUGAAGACAAAGUUAUUGGUCUGUACUUCUCGGCUCAUUGGUGUCCGCCAUGUAGAGGUUUUACUCCAAAAUUAGCAGAUUUUUACAAGAAGUUUAGAGAUGCAAAUGGCGAAAAAUUAGAGAUUGUUUUUAUAAGCUCUGACCGCGACGAGAAUCAGUUUCAAAAGUACUUUGAUGAAAUGCCGUGGCAUGCACUACCGUUCAACGAUCGCGACAAAAAGAAAAAACUAUCUAAGAAAUACAAAGUUGGUGGUAUUCCAACACUAGUGUUUCUUGAUGGUAAAGAYGCCAGUUUGAUAACCAAGAAUGGUAGACUGGCAAUGAUGGAAGAUCCUAAGGGAGAGAACUUCCCAUGGAAACCAAAGUCAGUCUUUGAACUGAUCCAGGGAAAGUUUGUCAAUGGAAAAGGGGAAGAGAUCACCACAGACAACUUGAAAGGAAAAGUUGUUGGUCUUUACUUUUCAGCUCAUUGGUGUCCACCAUGUAGAGCAUUCACGCCUUUGCUAGGAAAAACGUACAAUGCAAUCAAAGCAGCAGAAAAAGAGUUUGAAGUCAUUUUCUUGAGCUCAGACAGAUCAGAAGAAUCGUUUAAUGGUUAUCUAGCAACAAUGCCGUGGUAUGCCGUACCCUACAGUGAUUCCUCAAGAAAAAAUGCCAUAUCAAAGCAUUUUGGCGUUGAAGGCAUACCGACUCUAAUUAUCAUGGAUGAAAACUGGAAGGUGAUAUCGAUUAAUGGUAGAGGGGCGGUAGCCGCUGAUCCAGAAGGAAAGGAGUUCCCAUGGAAACCGAAGCCACUAAGCGAACUCAAUGACCUUACUGCUUCCAUUCUAAACGAGGAGGCUUGUGCUGUCUACUUCACUGAUGGUGAUGAGGGUACUCUUAAGCAUGCUAAAGAAAUACUCCAACCGCUAGCAGACAGCUACAUGACGCAAGCCGAGCAAGCAAACGAAGACCUGCCCAUACACUUUUUCUAUGGUGGAAAUAACGAAGUGGUUGAUAGCGUGUUAGAUUUUGCUGGCUUAAGCGAAGAAAACAUGUUAGCCAUACUCGAUAUUCCAAGUGGGAAAGUGUACGUCUGCGAAAAAGAUGUGGUAACUGCAGAAGCUGCUAAGCAGUUUAUAGACGACUUUUUAAGCGAUAAAUUAGAGGGCAGAAAAAUUAGAUAAGAUUUGAGAACUGAAGUGAAAAUAAUAUUAGRUAAUAGUAAUUCUUGAUAUAAUUUAUCAUAUUUGCUUCUUUUAGAGCAAAUAUUUUAGCCGCGUAACGUAACCGCARCCGCUUAAAAUAAGCAGCCCUUUUUCGAGCAAUCAAACAUUCGAAAGCAAUUGUAAAAUACCAACUUUUUCUAUCGACACAAAGUUUUAUUUUGUAUCUCUCGCAAUCAAGUACUAUGUAUAUGUACGUGAUAAAGCUGUAUUUUUACUUGUAAACGUUGCCUCGAUAGGCUGCCACUCAUGCAGGCUUCAGUUUUUUUAAAGAUAUGUUAAAAGAUAUUUUAACUGAUUAGUUUCUUUAGGACAAAGAGAAAAAAAAAGUUUUACAUAUAACGUAACUGGAAAAAGUACAUCACAAGGCAUAUUAAACUUAUUCUAUAAUUACAGACUGAUGUUGAAUAGCGGUGCUGAAAACCAGUGGAAUAUUCUUGAACCUUAAUUUCAUACCAGCCACCGUCCUAAGAAAGGAGGAAAUAACCCUUCUUGUCAUGGUCUCCAUUCAGCACAAUUUUUCUUUCAAAAUAAACCGUGAAAUAUGUCAGGCUAA